GCAAGAGGGAGAGGAGGGGAGGGUGAGGAAAGACUGACUGACAGCAGACAGAGGGACCUACCCAGGUACAGGACCAGGAGAGGAGCAGGUGACACUGAGCAGGGACACUGCAGACAUGGAAGGGGCUUCAUUUGGAGCUGGAAGAGCAGGAGGAGGAUUUGAACCUAUAGAAUUCCUGAAACUACCCCAGACCAUCCUGAGGAUAGUAUCCUGGGUAUUCUCCGUGGUGGUCUUCGGCUCCAUAAUAAAUGAAGGGUAUAUAAACAUUGAUAGCCCGGAGUUGCACUGUAUCUACAACCGAAAUGAGGACGCUUGUAACUACGCCAUCUCUGUCGGGAUCAUCGCCUUUUUCGCCUGCGUAUUCUUCAUUAUUCUGGACAUUAAUUUCCCUCAAAUCAGCAGCGUCAAGGACAGGAAAAGAGCGGUCAUUCUGGAUAUGGGGUUCUCAGGCCUCUGGAGCUUUCUCUGGUUUGUAUGCUUCUGCUUCUUGGCUAACCAAUGGCAAAGGACACCGAAAUUGCCCGAGGUAGAUCAAGCAUCUGACGCUGCCAGAGCUGCCAUUGCCUUCUCCUUCUUCUCCAUUAUUUCCUGGGCUGCUAUGGCUCUGAAAGCCUUCCAGAGAUUCCGCCUAGGAACCGACAUGUCCCUGUUUGCCACGGACCAGUUCCCCACUGGACCUAACGCGGGAUACCCCGGCUACCCCACAGGCAGCGGUAUUGAAAGUACAGAAACCUAUCAAAGUCCUCCUUUCACCGAGAACGCAGACAUCAGCCCCAAGGGAUACCAAGCACCCUCGUACUGAUGGAGAUCGCGGACCCCGGAUGUUUGUAUGAAGAUGUAACAGGUGUUCUGAGACAGUGCAGAGAAUGGAGUGACUACUGUAUCCUGCUGUACAUUUUAGAUGUGAUUACCGGAAUCCUCCUCGUAGUUAGAUGUACAGUCUCUCUGUACUGUGACAUUGAUUGCUUGUUUGUGAUCACUUCAAAAAUGGUUUUCCUGUUUUAGUUUAAAUUUUUUAUCUUUUUUAUGAAAAAAGUGUUCCCUCUAAGGUAGGCUUCUACACAUUAUUGGACAACAGCAACCAGCAAAAGGAUGAAGGGGGCUGGAAGUUCAAUACAACUAACUUAAAAGGUCUAACCGGACCCCUCUUAAAGGGAAUCUUUCAAACCACUUCCUGAGGGCAUCAUGGAAUAAAGGAGAAGAAGCUGAAUCUGAGGAUAUAUAGUUUUCUAUGAUUUGAUUUGCUAUUGUCCUAUUUAAAGCUGUCUAAAUGCUGCCUGCUCUAAGCUUGUGAGUCCUGUUUGCUCCACCCCCAAGGAAAAGAAGGACUCACAGGCUCAAACUGGGCAGCAUUAAGACAGCUUUUUACAAACAAUAUAGUAAAUCAUACCAUAGAAAGCAAUAUAUCCCCGAAUUCAGCGUCUCCUCCUUUAUCAGAUGCUGCCCACUGUUCUUAGCUCUGACAGAUUCACUUUAAACAGAAAGAGACUCUAAAUAAGGGAACUAGAUAAUUUUAUCUACUUUUACGUCAUAUAGAAUCAUUUCAUAUAUCCUGAUCUGAUCUAUCUACAGUCGGCCAAACAAAGUAGAAUAUUAAUGUAAGUAGUUUUUAUCAUUAUUCAUACACUCAGGUUUUUGUAUUAAAGGGGUACUCCGGUGGAAAACCUUUUUUUUUUUUUUUUAAAUGAACUGGUGCCAGAAAGUUA